AGAGCCAGCGCCGUCAGAGCUCGUCCAGAUCGGCCUCGCGAUUCCGUUUCUUGCCACGCGUGCGCGCACACCCAUGGCGGUUGCCGUCGGAGGAGGAGUGGUGCUGAGCCUGCGCGUCCCGUCGUCUUCGGCGUGGCCGGCGGUGGGGCCUCGGCGUAGGGUGUCGUCGUCAGCGGCGGUGAGGUGCGGGGCGACGCGGGAAAAGAGGCCGGCGGUGUCCCCGGGCGUGGGUCUGGAGGAGGACCACUACCGGACGCUGCGGCUGGCGCCGGGCGCCACCAGGGGCGAGGUCAAGAAGGCCUUCCACCGCCUCGCGCUGCAGUACCACCCGGACGUCGUGCGCCAAGAAAACUGCGUGGACUUCGAGCGGAUCAACGCGGCGUACCAGAGGGUGAUGAGCAACAUGCGGGAGGCGGAGGCGAGGCUCGAGUACUGGCGCCGCCGUUACGGCCUCGCCGACGAGGACCUCGACCGGUACCGCCGCUACCUCAACGAGGAGGACGAGGACGACUGGUUCGCCGACCUCUGAAACGGCGCCUACACGAUUCUUGUCAUGGCAGAGGCAGCAGCACUGUAAUUAAUUUGUGAAAUGUCACUCCCCACUUCUCCACCUUUUUUUUAUUGUGGAGGAGAGCUAGAGACGCAGAAAUUCAGGGUUUUAGAGAUGUAGAAAUUCAGGGCUCCAACGAUUGUAAUUUGAACAUGUCCAUUUGU